CAGAGACUGCAACAACAAAGGAAUCUUACCUGAUAUUGAACGCUAUGUAGUAGAAGUGAAUUGUUUCUUAAACCGAACGACGGUCAAGGUCCACUUAUGCCGAAGUGAUAAGAAGUAUUUUUUUUUAAAUCAGUUUUGUGAUAAAGAGCCGUAUCGGUGCACAGGCAGAGGUUUAUAAAAACAGGAAUGGACAGUUCUAAUCAAGAAUUGUCAAAUUCUGAGGUACAUGAGACACCAGAUAAAGGUGGUCCAUCUUCCCAGCAUGUGGGCACAGGGACAGAUCAGACAAAUGCCAUGCUCGACAAGAGAAAAGCAACCACAAAAAGAAAGGCUAAUUCACUCAAAGAGGUGAAGAGCAAGAAAAGGAAGAAGAAGAUCCAACGAGUUCAGAGACCCAGUUACACUGUACAGCAUGGUGAGGAUAUGCUUCUGAUUAUAUCAAACGUUAGCCAGUUUGAUAGUGUUUGGAAACCUAAGCGAAAAGGUUGCAAGAGGAAAAAGGCCAAAGCAAAAACCACAUCAGUAAGGAGGAAGAAAGAUCCUAGAAAACCCAGAGUCUCUAAAGUCACUGAAGAAAUUUUAGGCAAUGAUGCUGAUUUGGAGGAAUCGGAGACUGCUUUGAGCUUUGACUGGGGUCAGAGAAUGCCAGUGGAAGUGUUAGUUAAGAUUUUUGAACUGGUAGUUCUUCAAGAUGGUGCCAUACCAUUUCUCUGCAGGGUUGGCCGAGUUUGUCGUCUGUGGAACAGUGCUGCUUCUUCACCAGCUCUUUGGCGCAAUGUGUCCAUUGGCUACUGCUGGAUUGAACCUGGUAAGAGUCAGUUACCUGGAACUGAACAGAAGAUUAAGAGCACUGUAGACUGGUUAACACAAAACAGGUUCUCACAAUUGAGGAUUUUCAAGCUUUGUCACUGGAAAAAGCAUGUUGACUACGUUGUUCAGAUGCUAGCAAAUGCCUGCUCAAAUCUCCAGUCCCUAGAGUUGUCAUACUGCAUGGGUGUGACAAAAGAGGCCUUUCAGAAUCUUGGAGUUGCCUGCCAGUCUCUUGAGAGCAUAAAUGUGCAACACACAGAAUUUCAGGAUGAUGGUCUGCUGUCUUUCCUUGAGGUGUCUGGGAGUCAACUAAGAAAGAUUUCCUUUACACGCAGCUCCAAAAGUGACAAACUUCUCACUGCUUUAUGUAGGGGUUGCUGUCCUGAUCUCAGAUUUUUGGAGAUUAAUACCAAGUUAGACAGUGGAUAUUGUCCCCUUCCUAUCUGUGUACAGGCUUUACAACUAGGCUGUCCCAAGCUACAGACUUUUAGGUUGAUGAAUAUUAACCCUGUUCCCAAAAUGAUUCGCAACACACCCAGUUCCACACUUGGCUUUCCCAUGCUGGAGGAGUUAUGUAUAGCCUCUUCAUCUCAUUCCUUUAUGAACGACCAGGACCUGCUCAACAUUCUGCAUGGCUCACCCCACCUGCGUGUGCUGGACCUGCGGGGAUGCUCUCGCAUCACAGCUGCUGGACUAUAUGCUCUGCCUUGUGAAGGUCUGGAGUGUUUAUACUGGGGGCUGUAUUUCAAUAGCAAUGCCAUGGUGGCAUCAAACAAAGGCAUCCACGUGCUCAUGCAGAAAUGGUGUCAUAGCCUUCGGGAGCUGGAUCUCACCAACCAACCUUUCUCAGAAGAGGACAUGGAGAUUGCAAUGGGGCAUCUGUCUCAUGGCACUGGGGUCAAUUCCUUUCAUUCUCUGAAUCUCAGUGGGACCAAGAUCACAUCGUCUGCAAUCAGGUUACUAGUGGGUCGGUCUACAGCUCUUAGCUACUUGAAUCUGUCAUCAUGCCGUUACCUUCCAAGGGGACUCAAACGAGUUUAUCGUGGACAAGAACACAUACAUCAGCUCCUGGACAAGUUAAAUUAAUGUACUUUGUAUUUUUGUUUAUACUUUUGGGAUGCAUUUUAAGACUUCAUUGUUAAGGUCAUAAGAUCCCCAAAGUGUUGAUAUAUGUGCUUAAAAUAGGCUAUAUAAAACCACUAGUAGGUAAAUAUGAUUGAUUAAGAUGGUCGCUUACCUGCUCUCUGUAUAAUAUUAGAGUAUGAAAAUAUGUGUAUAUAUACAAAGCCCCAAUUUGGAAAUUGAAACAACAAAGAUAAAAGUAUGUUUUAAAGGUAUAAAACUUAUCAUGUAACAUAAGUCAACAACAUUUAACUGUGUAAAAAAGGAAGGUUUAUUAGUGUUUUGAAUAUAAGCAUUCCAUUAAAGUAGAUUCCACUCCUUAGUGUUAGUGUGAAAGAUAUGAUUGUAUUGCAUUAUCAUUCCUUGCAAUAUCCAGCAAUUAUUUUCCUCAGUCUUUAUCUAUGGGACAGUCUUUUAAAAUGGUAUUCUGAAAACAUGGAACCAUGCUGGUAAAUAAAUCCUUGGAAUUGUAGUAAUGCAUAAAUCCCCUGAAAUGCGAUGAUUUAUAAAGAUUUCUAAACAUUUGCAAUAAAAAAGGAAACACCCACUUUUUAUUAUGUACAUGUACCUUGUAUCUAUGCUCACUGUUUAAUCAGGCACAUUUUGUGGGUUACAAAAACCCAUAUAUUGUCAGUGCUUUUAUUACCACUCCACUCCAGUAUUAUUGACCUGAAGUUAUUUGGCUGAUGGUGCAUUCUCACACUGACAGUAAAUUAGUGGUGUUGUACCAUUAGUAGAGAAUUCUCCAUUAAUAAACAUGCAAACACAUUGAUCAAGUGAUGAAACACAAAGAAAGUACAAAUAGAAUGGUCAUGGAGAAGGAUAAAAUAAGGUCUCUAGGUCUGAAGUGAGAAGGUGACCAAACAGGCAAUGCCUGAUGGAUGAUAUAAUAAUAAAUGGUUAAUAAUGGUAUAACUAGAAUAUGG